AUGCUGCGAAUGCUCGUCUUGAGCUUGUUAUGCCUCUUACCGGCCAUCCAUGCUGGUAAGGUGCGCGUCGUCAAUAAGCCUCAAGUCCGAGUUACGACCGCGCUCGUCAACUUUCAUGCUCGCAUCAUGGAUCAGUGGGGAAAUGGUGGAGGAAAGACGUGGACCAUUGCUAAUGACUCCUACCAUCCCUUUGCUCAUCGCGAAUUUGGUGCGGGGACGAGGGGAGAGAUCAGAGGAACCAACAUGUUUGGAAGUGGUUAUCCAUACGGAGUGUGGAAUACGACCAGCAUCGCACGGCGUUCAUUUCCGUUUGGCGUGUGGCCUCUGUACUGGGAAGACGACUUUAUGGACUCCAAUGAAGUCGGUGCUCAGUUGGACGCCAUUCGUCCUGGAGGUCAUAUUUCGAUCGUUCCACUGAGGGCACAGAAGGAGAACUUUACAAUCUCGCAGGACGAGGUAUACUACGCGGUUGGAGACUCGCAGUCUCUCAUCUCGAUCCUAAUCUCGUACGUGACUUGGUGUCACGCAAGUCUAGCAUGGCCAACACGAUUCGACCCGACAUCUCCAAACGCCACGGUCAAGCUGGAGAACGUCUUGCAGUACUACCGCGCGAGUAGCUUUGCACUUGCGUCGCCUGCGUACAGCAAUCCCAAUAGUCGGAACGCAUCCUAUCAGCCAACAGGAGAAUGGAUCCCCGAGAGGAUCAAGAAUUCUCCAUUCUGGCAAUGCCUAGACUCAACGACGGCGAGUGCAUUGCCAAUUAUGAAUCCACCACCAAAGCCUCCUAAAUAUGACAUCCUCCCGGCCAUCAUGUGUCCAUUAUGGAUGGUGUUUCUCGGUGCUGCUGGGGUGAUACUUUAUGUCAUUUUCUUGGUCUGCUGGAAAAUGAGGGAUUGGGCGUGGAAUUGGGGGGUGAUACAAGAAGAGAAACGGCACCAGAUGAGAACUCGGAUGAGAAUCAGGGACGAAACCAUCUUCCAAUACGAGCGAUAUCCAUAG